AUGUCAAUUCUGAGGAUUCUAAUAUGUGGAGGUGGCUGUGCUGGGCCUGCGCUCGCCUUCUGGCUUGCCCGUGCUGGCCAUCAGGUUGUGUUGGUCGAACGAUUCCCGGCCCUGAGAGCGUCCGGUGCGCAGGUAGACCUCCGUGCGCAAGGAAUUGAGGUUAUAAAACGCAUGGGACUUUUAAAUGCCGUUAACAGUAAGCUCGUGGACGAAGCUGGAGUGUCUUUUGUCAAUUCCCAAGGCGAGGUUAAGGCAACUAUCAUGGCCAACACCUCUGGCAAAGGCACCCAGUCCCUAACGUCGGAAUUUGAGAUUAUGCGUGGGGACUUUGUCCGGAUACUCUAUAAUGCGACAAAAGACAAUGUGAAGUAUGUAUUUGGAAAGACUGUUGAACUCUUUGAAGAAAACGAAAAAGAGAUUGUGGUGCACUUCUCCGAUAAGACGUCGGAUACCUUCGAUCUACUAGUCGGAGCGGAUGGGCAAGGGUCACGUAUCCGCAAAGUUAUCUUACCAGCUAGAUCUCCAGAGCCUUAUCAAAGACUAGGGAUAUAUAUGGCCUACUUUUUUAUUCCGCGCACUGAGAGCGAUAAUAACAUUCGCAGAACAUAUCACGCCCCCGGCGGCAGAAUGAUCAUGCGAAGGACUCACAAUCAAACAGAAACACAAGUCUAUUUCAUUCUCAAGGACGAUUCCUUGGAUGCUUCACUCAUACCCGGGAAGGAUAUUGAGCAACAGAAGAAGUUCUGGGCGAAACGAUUCCACAACGCCGGAUGGCAGACCGAUCGAUUUCUUGAGGCUAUGAAGACUACUCAAAGCUUCUAUUGCCAGGAAGCACUACAAGUGCGCUCGGAGACGUGGCAUAAAGGCCGGGUGGUUCUUCUUGGGGAUGCCGCAUACUGCCCAUCUCCGUUUAGUGGCAUGGGUACGACAGGGAGUCUGGUCGGAGCUUACGUCCUAGCUGGUGAAAUUAACCGAAGUUCCGAUGACUUACCAGGCGCGUUUAAAAAGUAUGAUAAAACAGUACGACCUUUUAUUGAAGAAAUUCAAAAGAUUAACCCUUUUUUGCUGCGACUGGGCAUUCCCGAUACUGCAUGGGGAAUUGCUAUUCUACAUUUCGUUGCAGGAUUGCUCUGUUAUCUUCGCAUACCAUAUCUGAUAGCAAGAUUCUCAGAGACAGAAAAAGGGGGUUGGAAACUACCAGAUUAUGAUGAGCCAAAGCAGGUUUAG